UCUUGAUCACUUCUGUGCUCAUUUGCUCCCUUGGUGCCUUGGAACACCUAGCCGCUGGUGGCUCAGGAGCCUGGAAGCCCAUGUCUGACCUCACAGUCAUGACCAGGACCAGGAGGACACCCCUUCUCCUACUGAUGACCUUGGCUUCCUGUCUCUGCUUCAACUUGGACACGGACAAGCCAACAAUCUUCCCCAUGGAUAGUGCUGGGUUUGGACACAGUGUGGCCCAGUACGCCAACUCCUGGGUGGUGGUUGGAGCCCCCCAGGAGAUAACGGCUGCCAACCAAACAGGCGGUCUCUACCGGUGUGACUACAGCCUGGGCACCUGUGAGCCCAUCCCCCUGCAGGUGCCCCCAGAGGCUGUGAACAUGUCCCUGGGCCUAUCCCUGACAGCUGCCACCAAACCAUCUCAGCUGCUGGCCUGCGGCCCCACUGUGCACCACGCAUGCAAGGAGAACAUGCACUUGACCGGGUUCUGCUUCCUGUGGGUUUCCCCUUCCUGGCAGGCCCGGAGGCUCCCAGAUGCCCUGCAGGAGUGCCCGAGGCAGGAGCAGGACAUCGUCUUCCUGAUUGACGGCUCAGGCAGCAUCUCCCACAGCGAUUUUAUCCAGAUGCUGAACUUCGUGAAGGCUGUGAUGAGCCAGUUCCAGGGACCCAGCACCCAGUUCUCCCUGAUGCAGUUCUCCAACACCUUCGUGGUUCACUUCACCUUCAAAGACUUCGCGCACAGCUCAAACCCAGUGGGCCUCCUGGAUUCUGUGAAACAGCUGAGAGGGUACACUCAUACAGCGACAGCCAUCCAGAUUGUCACGGUCCGCCUGUUCAGUGCCCAAUAUGGGGCCCGAAAGGACGCCUCCAAGAUCCUCAUCGUCAUCACCGAUGGAGAGAAGACAGGCGACCCCCUGAGUUACCGGGCUGUCACCCCCUUGGCCGAUGCAGCGGGCAUCAUCCGCUAUGCCGUCGGGGUGGGAUCGGCUUUUCAAAAGGCACAUUCCUGGAAAGAAUUGCAGGACAUCGCAUCGAGACCCUCCCAUGAGCAUAUAUUUACAGUGGAGAACUUCGAUGCUUUGAGAGACAUUCAGAACCAGCUGAAGGAGAAGAUCUUUGCCAUUGAGGGAACACAGACCACAAGCAGCAGCUCCUUCGAAUUGGAGAUGUCCCAGGAGGGCUUCAGCGCUGUGUCCACGCCUGAUGGACCAGUUUUGGGGGCCGUGGGGAGCUUCAGCUGGUCUGGGGGUGCCUUCAUAUAUCCCCCAAAUAUGAACCCCACCUUCAUCAACAUGUCUCAGGAGAAUGUGGACAUGAGGGACUCCUACCUGGGUUACUCCACCGAGCUGGCCCUUUGGAAGGGGGUGCAGAGCCUGGUCCUGGGGGCCCCCCGCCAUGAGCACACCGGGAAGGUUGUCAUCUUCACGCAGGCUUCUGGGCAAUGGAGGCCGAAGGCUCAAGUCCUAGGGACCCAGAUUGGCUCCUACUUCGGGGCCUCCCUCUGCUCGGUGGACGUGGACAGAGACGGCAGCUCCGACCUGGUCCUCAUCGGGGCUCCCCAUUACUACGAGCUGACCCGGGGGGGCCGGGUGUCUGUGUGCCCCUUGCCCCAGGGGAGGUCUAGGUGGCAGUGUGAGGCCAUUCUCCGUGGGGAGCAAGGCCACCCCUGGGGGCGCUUUGGGACAGCCCUGACCGUGCUGGGGGACGUGAAUGGGGACAAGCUGACGGACGUGGCCAUCGGGGCCCCUGGAGAACAGGAGAACCAGGGUGCUGUCUACCUGUUUCAUGGAACCUCAGGGCGGGGCAUCAGCCCCUCCCACAGCCAGAGGAUUGCAGGCUCCCAGUUCCCCCCCGGGCUCCAGCAUUUUGGGCAGUCGCUGAGUGGGGGUCAGGACCUCACCAUGGACGGACUUGCGGACCUGGCUGUGGGGGCCCAGGGGCACGCGCUGCUGCUCAGGACCAGACCCGUGCUCAGGGUGUGGGUGACUAUCCGCCCAACGCUCACAGAGAUUGGCAGGUCUGUGUUCGAGUGUCGGGAGCACACGUCCUCCGUCCAGGAACUGGGUGCUGCCGAUAUCUGUCUUCAGGUUCAUGAAAGUUCCAGGAAUCGGCUGGGCAACCUCGAAAGCUCUGUGACCUUUGACUUGACCCUUGACCCUGGCCGCCUGAAUCCCCGCGCUAUCUUCAAGGAGACAAACACUCGGCACCUGACUCGUGACAGACUUCUUGGGCUAGGACAGCACUGUGAGAAUGUGAAGUUGCUCCUCCCGGCUUGUGUGGAGGACUCGGUGACCCCUAUCAUCUUGAGUCUCAAUUUCUCCCUGGUGGGCAAGCCCAUCUCUUCUUUUGGAAACCUCCAGCCCAUGCUGGCGACAGAUGCUCUCAGAUACUUCACAGCCUCUAUCCCCUUCGAGAAGAACUGUGGAGCCGACCAUGUCUGCCAGGAUGACCUUGGCAUCUCCUUUCACUUCUCAGGCUUGAAGACCCUGGUGGUGGGGAGUAACCUGGAGCUGCACAUGGAAGUGAAAGUGUGGAAUGACGGCGAGGACUCCUACGGAACCACGGUCACCUUCUCCUACCCACCUGGGCUGUCUUAUCGGCGUGUGGCAGUGAGCCAGAGCCAGCUGCUGUCACGGUCCCUGCACCUGACCUGUGACAGCGCCUCAGCUGAGAGCCAGGACACCUGGAGCACCCGCUGCAGCAUCAAACAUAUCAUCUUCCGAGAGGGUGCCCAGAUCACCUUCGUGGCCACCUUUGACGUCUCCCCCAAGGCCAUGCUGGGAAACCAGCUGCUUCUGAGGGCUAAUGUGAGCAGUGAGAAUAACACCCCCAAGAGCAGCAAGACCACCUUCAAGCUGGAGCUCCCAGUGAAGUAUGCUGUCUACACUGUGAUCAGCAGCCAUGAGGAAUCCACCAAGUACCUCAACUUCUCGGCCUCCGAGGAGGGAAGCAGCCUGGUCCAGCACAGAUACCAGGCGAACAACCUGGGGCAGAGGGACCUGCCUGUCAGCAUCAGCUUCUUGGUGCCUGUGGAGCUGAACCAGGUGUCUGUGUGGACAGGGCUGGAGAUCUCCCACCCCCAGAACUCAUCUAUUCAUUGCUCUUCAGAGAGGAUAGCGCCCACAGAGUCCAACUUCCGGACCUUCAUCCAGAAGAAUUCUGUUCUGAACUGCUCCAUUGCUGACUGCCAGAGGUUCCGCUGUGACAUCCCCUCCUUUGGCAUCCAGGAGGAACUUGACUUCAUCCUGAAGGGCAACCUCAGCUUCCGCUGGGUCAGCCAGACACUGCAGAAGAAGGUGCUGGUCGUGACUGUGGCUGAAAUCACGUUCAGCAGAUCUGUGUAUUCCCAGCUUCCGGGACAGGAGGCGUUUUUGAGAGCUCAGAUGGAGAUGGUGGUGGAAGAGAACGAGGUCUACGAUCCCGUCCCCCUCAUUGCGGGCAGCUCUGUGGGCGGGCUGUUGCUGCUGGCGCUCAUCACAGCCGUCCUGUACAAGGUUGGCUUCUUCAAACGUCAGUACAAGGACAUGAUGGACGAAGCAAAUGGACAAACUGCCCCAGAAAAUGAAACAUCAGACCCCCAGGCUGGUCAAUAAGAAACAACCUCCUGCCCUGGCUGGUUUGGCUCAGCGGUUGGAGCAUCAGCUUGCGGACCAGAGAGUCCCGGGUUCGGUUCCCACUAAGGGCACGU